AUGUGGAAUCUGGCGGGGGUUCCGGUGAUACUGACUAAGUGGUCUCCGGUUAUCGAGAAAGAGAAAGCACCAGUGAAAUCUAUUCCAAUGUGGGUUCACGUCAAAAACGUUCCGAUAAAGAUGUUCUCGUGGGAAGGGUUGAGUUUUCUAACCAGUCCAAUAGGAAGUUCGGGAAGAUUGCAUCCAGAGACAGCUCAAUGUUUAAGCAUAGAGGUGGCAAAAAUAUUUGUAAAGGUUGAUCUAACAAUGGAUUUGCCAAAGAAGAUGAAUUUCAAUAUACAAGGGGAGGAUGUGAUGAUUGAAUAUAUCUAUCCGUGGCUGCCUACAAAGUUUUUGGAGUGUGAUAAAUGGGGACAUUCUACUAAAGCGUGUCCAAUGAAGAAGGAAAAGAUGCAAGAGGAUCAAGAAAAUUUGGAGGAGGGUGAAGUGAAGAAAAGUGUGGUAGAUGGGAAAGAGAAGGAGAUAGUUGAGAAGGAAGGGAUACUUCAACCUAACAAUGUAUCGCAAGACCAAGUGUUAGUUUCCUCUGAGGCUACUGAAGAGGAAGUUCUUAAGGUUGGGGAAAAAAUAAGUCCUCGGGGUGUGAUUAAUCAGGAGGAAGGUAAAGCAGUAAAGGAAACAGAAUGGCUAGAUGUUUCCCCGGGGAAAUCUAAUCGUUCUUUAAAUCUAAGGAAAAAUAGAUUGGAGUUUGGGCAAGUAUCUCUUCUCACCAAGUCGAGGUCCUCUGUCUUAAUGCCGGUGGAAGAACAUGAAGAGAUAUCUACUGGUCAGGAGAAUGAUCAGGAGGAGGAAGAUUUUCUAGAGGCAUCGCAGGAAAAAGAAGUUGUUCCUCGGAAAUUGCUGCCUCGGGAGUCAAAGAUUAAUCACAGAUAUCUGAAAGAUAAUGCGGGUCAGAAAGCUCUGGAUGCAGAUCCGAUUCAGGAGUGGGUGAGGAAGCAGGGAUUUCAGUUUGGUUGUUUAAUAGAGACAAGAGUGAAGGAAGGUAAAGGGAAGAAGAUAGUGGAGAGGGUUUUCCGGAUUGGUCUUAUAUUACAAACUAUGAGCAUCAUCGGUUGGGGAGACUUUGGGUUAUUUGGAGUCCAAAGGAAAGAGCUUUGGAAAGAUCUUAAAGCUCAUUAUGAUUCACCUAUGUUAAGGAAGUCACCGUGGAUAGUACAAGGAGAUUUUAAUGAGAUUCUGAGUGGUAUUGAGCAUUCGGUUGUAGACGCUUCUCAGGAUACUUCUGGCAUGAGGGAUUUUCAGGACGCUGUUCAAUACUGCUCUCUUCUAGAUAUGUCGUACCAGGGUCCCCGUUUCACUUGGAGUAAUAAAAGGGAUAAUGGCAUCAUCUGUAAGAAGUUGGAUCGUACAUUGAUAAAUGAGAUGCCUGAUUUUCUUACCGUGGUUGAAGGAUUCUGGUCAGAAACAGAAGUGCUGUUCAAUUCUACAUCAGCUUUGUUCCGUUUGACGAAGAAACUUAAGGCGCUUAAACCAGUUUUGAAGCAAUUAAGUAAGGAGAAAGUAGGGGAAAUAAUAAAGAAGACGAAAGAUGCGUAUAAUAAUCUUUGUUUGGUGCAAACAAAAACUUUGGAGAACCCCAGUCUGAUUAACAUUGAAGCAGAGUCUAUGGCUUAUGGAAGAUGGGUUUUUCUUUCUGCUUUGGAAGAGAAGGUUAUUAGUCAACGGGCAAAAAUUCACUGGCUGGAGCUUGGUGAUGGUAACAAUAAGAGUUUUCAUCGAGCAGUGAAAGUUCGAGAGAUCAGAAAUGCAAUACGAGAAAUUAAGAGACCGGAUGGAUCUGUGGCUGAUACUCAAGAAGAAAUAAAGUAUGAAGCAGUGGAGCAUUUUCACAAGUUUCUAACUCAUAUUCCUUCUGAGUAUAAGGGAGUAAAUGAAGAGGAGAUGAAGGAUUUGCUAAACUAUGAAUGCUCAGAGAAUGAUAGAAGUAUGUUGAUGAGGGAAGUCACUACAGAAGAGAUAAAGAAGGUUUUAUUCUCUAUGGCUAAGGAUAAAUCACCAGGUCCGGAUGGUUUCACAAGUGAGUUCUUCAAAGCUACAUGGGCUAUAACAAGAGGAGAUUUGGUUACUGCGGUGAAGUCUUUCUUUGAUAAAGGGUUCUUGCCAAAAGGAGUUAAUUCAACUAUCUUGGCUUUAAUCCCAAAGAAGAAUGAGGCUAGUCACAUGAAGGAUUACCGUCCCAUAUCAUGCUGUAACGUGAUAUACAAGAUUAUUUCCAAACUUCUUGCAAAUCGUAUGAAGAAUAUCCUUCCUCUGUUUAUAUCUCUGAGCCAGUCCGCGUUUGCUAAAGAUCGACUACUCAUGGAGAAUGUCCUGUUAGCUUCUGAACUAGUUAAAAGCUAUCAUAAGGAGUCAGUUUCUGAGAGAUGUGCAGUCAAGAUAGAUAUCUCGAAAGCGUUUGACUCUGUUCAGUGGUCGUUCUUGCUAUCAGUGCUUGCUGCUUUAAACUUUCCGGAGAAGUUUAUUCUGUGGAUAAAGAGAUGUAUUGAGAUGGCGUCUUUCUCGAUCCAGGUUAAUAGUGAGCUUGCAGGAUACUUCAACAGCAAGAGAGGGUUGCGACAAGCAUGUUCUUUGUCUCCUUAUUUGUUCGUCAUCAGUAUGCAAGUUCUAUCUAAACUCCUUGACAGAGCUGCAGUAAGAAAACAAAUUGGUUAUCAUCCGUAUUGCAAAGACUUGAGUUUGACUCAUAUUUGUUUUGUUGAUGACGUUCUGGUGUUUUCAGAUGGACGGAAAAGUUCUAUUGAAGGCAUUCCAAAGGUGUUUCAAGAGUUUGAAAUAAUGUCAGGGCUUAACAUAAGUUUGGAAAAAUCCACUCUCUUUCUGGCUGGAGUUAAAUCGGAGGAUAGUGAAGCAAUUUUGGAUCAGUUCCCUUUUCAUAAAGGUACUCUCCGGGUUAGAUACCUUGGACUUCCUCUCUUGACUAAACGAAUGAAUGUGCAAGACUACAGUCCACUCAUUGCUAGACUUCGAACUCGAAUCUCUUCCUGGACAGCGAGGCAUCUUUCCUUUGCUGGUCGUCUUCAGUUGAUUGAUUCUUUAAUUGAUUUAGCGGGGGAGAGAGGAACUAUGGAUCUUGGCAUACCAAAAAAUGCCAAUGUGGAGAUGGCAAUUCAGAUAUACAGAACUAGAGACCACAGAGUUCGCAUUCUUCGGAUGAUAGGCCAUGAGAUUAGUAACUUGAAGAGUCGAGGGCUAAAUCAAUUUGAUGAUAUCAGUCUGUGGCAGAGGGAGAAUGGGGAGUUUAAAGCAAAUUUUCUCACUUCACAUAUUUGGAGCCUUACAAGGAGCAAAUCUCCUUGA